AAUAUCGAUGUUUCGGUAGAAUUACUAUAUACAUAUGUCGAUGUAUUAUUAUUACACAUUAACUUUUUAGUUAUUAUAGUUGGUUAAAUGGCCUUCAAAUUCUUGGCAAAGCGUGGAAAAGCAGUAUGUUUUUAUACUCCGUUAAACGUGUGUUUAUUUUCAAACAUAAGUGGGGUAGAAAUGUCGUACACAAUAUACGGUGAAAAUAAUCGAAAAGCUUCCCCGCUGAUAAUUAUGCACGGCCUUCUUGGUUCACAAAGAAAUUGGAAAAGUGUUGCUCGUGCCUUAGAGAAUAAGGUGGAUAGAAUGAUAUUCACCGUAGAUGCCAGAAAUCAUGGUGACAGUCCUCACACGCCUGAACACAGUUCAGCGCAUAUGGCUGUAGAUAUUAUCAAAUUAAUGAAAAAUAAAGGAAUUGCGAAGACAUGUCUGAUGGGGCAUAGUAUGGGAGGCAGAGCGAUGAUGCACUUAACUUUAAAACAUCCUGACUUAGUGGAGAGAGUAAUUGUUAUAGAUAUAUCUCCUAUAUCAGUACCACGAGAUUUUGAUCAAAUGGAAAGAAUAUUCCAAGCCAUGGAAAGUAUUGAUAUACCUGUGAAGCAUUCUUUGAGUCAAGGGAGAAAAAUAGCUGAAAAUCAAAUAAAAGACGCGGUUCGAAAUCAAGCAACUGUUGAUUUUAUAUUAAUGAAUUUGAAAAAACGAGACAAUGGAGAAUUUCAUUGGAUUCCAAAUGUUAACACCCUUCACAAGAAUUUGAGAUUAUUUGAUGAUUUUCUGAGUCAUGUGAAAAAUGUGCCUCCUUUCGAAGGAGAAGUGAUGUUCAUCUGCGGAAAUCAGUCGAAUUUUGUUGACCCAAAGAGUUGGCCGCAAAUUAAACAAAUUUUUCCUAAUGCGGAGCUACAUUGGCUUGAUGCGGGUCAUUUAGUACAUUUCGAUCAGCCUGAAAAAUUUAAAAAUUUGGUUGUACAAUUCUUAAAUCGCUAAAAAAUUGUUUCGGCAGAUUAUAAAUUGUAUGCUAAAAUAAUAAGUAUAAAUUGUAAAACAUUUUAUUCUUAUAUGGAGAUUCUUAUGUAUAUAUGUACAUACAUACAUAUGUAUACGCGUAUAUAUAUUGCAUAUUUGUCGGUUGGGUCGAGACCGAGUCCACCCAUGCAGGUAUGUCGGUGUGUGAAAUGAAAUAUUGAAAUGGAUGUCCAAUGUAGAAUGUGUACAGUUUAAUCCUAGAUUAUCAAACUCAAAUCUGUGUUACUCUGUUACUAAUCACUCGUCUCACAGACUACAAAUUAAAAACAACUAUAUUUUUAUAUUUCCGUGCAAUGUGCGGAGAAUACGGCGGGGGCUGAUGGACAUCCCAUUCGAGCUCUUGGAAUGCCGCUUUGACGACUUGUGUAACUGGGGCGUUUUUAUUAUCGUUAACAAUGACUAUGACAUCAUCGACCACCGUAAUUGGUUGAAGGCGGCUAGGGCGAGUGCUUGGAUUUGGUAACCCUUUGCAAAAUGUUGACCUUAGUGUUGCGAUGCAAUUCCCAAUCGCUAAAACUUGAGGUGGUGGUGGGAUGGUUAGGAGGCUGGGUAUUGAAUAGGAAAAAUAGGAAUUUUCUUACAAGCUUAGGAUAUUUAAUUAUUAUAUAUUAAAAAAUGUAAAAUAUUUAUCAAUAAUGUUUAAAUAAUAAUGAUCCUAUUUCUUGCAAGUAGCAAAUACCUACAAAUAUGUAGUUUCAACCUACGCUGAGCUUUUGAGUUUUUAAUAAUAUUGUUAACUUUUCCGUUAGUUGAUUUAUCUUUUCUUGUACUUUUGUGUUUAUUUUAUAAUUUAUAUAUUUGUAAUAUGAGGUCGGGCGUUUCAUAAAUUUCAAUGUCCAAUUUUAAACGUAUUGUUGUUCAUUGAAUCUAUAAAUAUUUUGGAGCAUUUGUUGAAUAAAAGAGCAUACGGAAUUUCGAUCAAAACUAUCAAAAGACAAAACUCCAUUAAAAAGGGACGAGAUAGCUACAAAGAAUUCGUAACGGAAGAUGAGAAAUGUGUGUUGUCAAGUGGAUGGAUAGCCUCUUUGAUGGGAUAAAGUGAGCAAAAAGUACAUUAACAUUGAUUGCCAACAUGCGGGUACAACCAAUGUAUGGGAAGAGUAGACAUAGCGAAUAGUGUCUUUCUAUAGGUUUUCUAUUAAAAAUAUAAAUAUAUAAGUAUAAAUAAUACGUUUUAAAUUAUAUAUUGCCACUGUUUAAUUGCUGAUAUAAUACCAGAGAAGAGAGAAGAAUCUUCAUCAGGGGAAAAAUUAGAGGACCCACCGCAAAAAUAACUAAACCGCUGCCACCUGAAGAUGUACCUUUAACAAAGAAUAAACAUUUGCGUACCUAUUUGCGCCGUUUCUGAUAAAAAUAAGUUUAAGUGUUGUCGUAACGGAUAGUAUAAAAAAAAUUGUUUUAAAUGCGAAGUGUUAUGCGGGCAGAAUAGGCGAAGAUUACAACUGAGGAAACAGAGUAGUUAGUAAAUUCAAUGCCAAAUAGAUUGAGUGAAGUCCUUAACUAUCGUGACUAUCCAACAAAAUAUGAAUUUUCCAGUUUUUGUAUAUUAUUUAUAAAGCUUUUCUUAUGUUUUAAUACUGUACUCAGCCUUCCUGUUGCCAUAUUUAAAUGUUGCUGAAAUUACUUACCGUUAUGUAAACAAUGAGGGAAUCUUGUUAUUUUCUUUUGAUUUUGUAAUUUAAGAAUGUAAUGAAAGAAUAAAUAAAUCAAAUAUUAUAUGUUUUCAACUAUAAA